AUGCCUGAAAAAUUGAGUGCAGAGAAAGUAAACGAAGUAUUCAAACAAUUCGAUUUUAAUAAUAAUGGUAUCUUGUCUCUUGCCGAAAUCGAUAAUGCAGUAAUCUAUCUCUACCCACAAUUUUCUGACAAAAAGCCUGUCCUCAUGCGAGCCUACAAAGCUGCCGACACUUCAAAGGACGGAUUUAUUGAACGUGACGAAUUCCCCCGUCUUAUUGAGCUUCUUUAUUAUUACAACGAACUGUACGAUCUUUUCCAGCAACUUGAUAAAAACAAAGAUAAACGUAUCACUUUUGAAGAAUUUAAAAAGGGAUAUAAACUUAUGGGAAUAGGACGCCUUUCAAAUGAUGAAAUUAAGGAAGAAUUCAACAAAAUCGAUACGAAUCAUGGGGGGUAUAUCCUCUUUGAUGAGGUAAAGCUAAUCAUAGUUUUUAGCAAUGAAUAA